UGUGUUUCUUUGCCAAAGGUCGGAUGGUACAACGCAGUUCUCCAGCCAGGCUUUCACCUCCCCUACCCAGAGGACACACUGGCCUUCGUGAUCCUCAGCACACCUUCAAUGUUUGACAAAGCCCUUAAACCUUUUGUGAAAAAAGAGCGAUUAAAAAUCAUCAGGGACCCUGUGGAUCAGUGUGUUUCCCAUCAUUUGUCACGUGUAAAGGAGAAAUUCCCUGACCAGAAGGUGGAUGUCAUGUUUGAUUAUGAGAUUCUGCCAAGCCGAAAGCCCAAGUUCCUGGCACAGACAGCUGCCCAUGUUGCUGGAGCUGCAUAUUACUACCAAAGGAAGGAUGUGAAGCUUGAUCCUUGGGGGAAAAAGAAGAUCUAUGGUGUCUGUAUCCAUCCCAAGUAUGGUGGUUGGUUUGCUAUCCGGGGUCUCCUCCUGUUCCCAGAUAUCCAAGUACCAUUCCUGGAACAGCCUGCUCCUGUUGACUGUGUGAGCACAGAGGAGAAAAGGAUUUUGUUGCUGGAGCAAUUCAAUUUCCACUGGCAGGAUGGUCGCUACAGGGACAUUAUUGAAGUGAAGGAAAGGUAUUCGGAGGAGCAAAAAGCUUACUUUGCCACUCCUCCAGCAGACAGAUUCCAGCUGCUGGGGCUGACACCCGCAGCGCAGAGCAGCACAUUUCACUGA